GAACAGAAGCAAGAAAUUAAAGAUGCCUUUGAGUUGUUUGAUACAGACAAAGAUAGAGCAAUAAAUUAUCAUGAAUUAAAGGUGGCAAUGAGAGCCUUGGGUUUUGAUGUGAAAAAAGCUGAUGUACUGAAAAUACUUAAAGAUUAUGAUCGAGAAGCGACAGGCAAGAUCACCUUUGAAGAUUUUAAUGAAGUUGUGACAGACUGGAUAUUGGACAGAGACCCACAGGAAGAAAUACUCAAGGCGUUCAAAUUAUUUGAUGAUGAUGACUCUGGUAAAAUAAGUCUGAGAAACCUGCGCCGGGUUGCUAGAGAAUUGGGUGAAAACAUGUCUGAUGAAGAACUACGGGCUAUGAUUGAAGAAUUUGAUAAGGAUGGAGAUGGAGAGAUCAAUCAAGAGGAGUUCAUUGCUAUUAUGACUGGAGAUAUUUAGCAUUAGAAGAAAAGAAGUGAACUCAGCACAAAAGGGAGGAGUCAUUGGCAGCUUCCAUUACAAUGUUUUGUACUUCCAUUCAUUUCUGUAGCUGGAGCGAUGCAGAAAAUUACUUUCCUCACAGGACCAAAAUAAAGACAGGUUAUAUGCACUGGUAGUUCAGUGCUUUGUAUCAUUAAAUAUUAUUACUAGAAUAAUGGAUAUAUCAUUUUAGAAGAAGUAAGUAAUGCUGCAUUUCAGAAUGUUUGAGUGCUCAUUUGUAAAAUAGCUUUGUAUAAGAUUUCUAAAUUGUAUCAUAUUAUAAGAACCUUUUGAGGUUGACUUUGUGUUAGCAUUAGCUGUGGCCUUAGUUUUGAUACAUAAGGUUUGACAAACUUCCAUUUUAAUAAAAUGUUCUUUACUAUUGCUACUUGAAACUCUUAUUUUUGUAGUUUAAUCUGAACUGGACUGUAACGUAAAAUCCUUCAGGGAAAAGAGGUUUGGGUUUGUUUGGGGUUGUGUUUUUUUGGGGUUGUUUGUUUUUUUUUUUUUCAUUUAUAGGCUUGUACUUCUGCUGUUCUAGAUGAAUGGUAACAUUAAAUGAGCAAGCAUUUGCAUCCUCAAAGAUGCAGUUUGUUAAUUCUGUAUUACCCCAGCGUGACAGCAAAGGUCCAGCAGCUAUGCAUGAUGAUAAACUAUCAAAAAGGUGCUUAAAUCGUCCAGGUGUCAGCCGGCAGCUCUCUCUUCAGUGUCCACAGCUCUGACAGCUGUGGAGACAAUGGCAACUGUUUAUGGUGAGUAGAUGCUCUUGCUGCAGUGUCUAGUUAGAAGAAAAGCACCACAGGGAAUCAGCUUUUAAAGUAGUUGAAGAGACUGGAUAUAUUUCUGGUUUGCCAGGUGUCUUCCAGAAGACUUCUUGUAGGUUGGUCUUCCAGAUUUCCUGUAAAUUAGUUGUAGUUUCUUCUUUUUAAAUUUCACUCUCCUUAUAUAUCAAAAAAUGUAACUAAAUCUUGGCUAAUCCUGUGUUCGUCUUUAUUGUCAGAAAAGCAGCUGUCGGUAAUCCUGGGGUUGUGAACACGUUUGCCCUGCACAAGCAAUCAGAGCUUGGAAGUUACUGAAGACAGAAGUUAAGGUCAUCAAAGUUAAUAGAUUUUUCCUGUUAUUUUUUUCAAGUGUGUAUUGUAGCAUUCUUACCUGUGAAAUACUGUGUUGCUCUCUAUUAAGCCAUCAGUACCAGUCCAUUCACACAGAAGAUUAUAGCAAUUCAAAAGGGCUAGCAGGGGCUCCGUAUAACUGAUCAGGUAAUGUGAACAGCCACCUGGUGUAGAACCCUGGUGGGGUAUGUGGCCAUCAGCUGGGAUUUCUGUUCUGGAUCACGCUCGCUCAGAG